AUGCGGGAUUCAAUUCCGAUCCCAGCAUCUCGAGCCCUUGACUCGUAUAACAACAACAUGCCCCAGGCCUCUAAUGAAGAACGUCUGCUGAACGCGAUGGCCAGGCUCAGGCAGGAGGGUGUCAAAUGCUCGAGCAGGCCCGGGCGCAAAAAUCCUACUGGGAUCCGGCGCGUCUUCGCGGCUGUGACGCUUCGUUCCUUGGUGGUGCCUAGAGUAAGUUGGGUUGGGCGUGCCUGGGUACCUUAUUUAAUGGCAAAUCAACAGCCAGGCAGCCUCGCGUUGCAACUGCCCUGCCCUGCCCUUGGCACUUGCCCGCGCUGCCUGCGUCUUGAUGGCACCUGA